AUGUCUGUUAUGAAUUUCCAUAACUCCACGAUGUUCAUGAGCCAACAACCUAAUAACUCAUAUCAACUCCCUCCAUUGUUACCUCCACCGCUUCCAUUGGCAUACGCGUCCGCCCCCAAUCACCCAGGACAUGCGAUCCCCUAUCCAAUAAAUACAAUUCCGUCAACUCACCCGACGACAACAACAACGACUACGAUAGUUCCCCCAAACAACAACACACUUACUCUCAGGGGUUCGCCACCGUACUUCGAUCAUCUUCCCCAUUUCAAGCAUGUACUACCGCCAAUUUCCCUGCCGAUCGUGCCCCCUUUAGUGCCAGAAUUGCACCCUGUUGAAGUUAAUGACCAGAAAGUCAGGAAGACGAAGACUCCCAGGAAAAAGCGCCAAUGUCCAGAAUGCCAUCUUUUUUUCUCCAACCUGGCAACCCACAAGUCCACUCACCUAUCCGUGAUGGCAAGGCCUCAUCUGUGUCCCACUUGUCACAGAGGUUUUGCUAGGCCCAAUGAUCUAAUUCGUCAUAAAAAACGCCAUCUACAAGAUUUGGGAGAGAAUGGUUACAAAUGUCCCUUUUAUUCCUUUGACAACAAGGAGCAAGGCCCAGAAAAGUCUACAACACCAAAGUGCCAUUCUAAAGGCGUCUUUUCCCGCUGUGAUACUUACAAAAAUCAUCUAAAGGCUCUUCAUUUCGAAUACCCAACUGGAACAAAAAAAAAGGAUCGGAGUUCGGUAGCCGGUCACUGUAAAAGUUGCUACCAACGGUUCAAUACCCUCGAUGAGUGGUUAACAAACCAUAUUGAAAAGGGACAAUGUCCCAAUAUGCACUUGGAGAAUCUACAUAAGUAG